AUAAUCUCAAGGCAGACGGCUGAGAGCUUAGAGUGAGUUCCACUGUGCACAAGAUACCAGGGAAUCAGGAGGUGGAAACAUGUCUGGAAAACCCAGGCUGCACUACUUCGAUGGACGUGGCCGCAUGGAACCAAUUCGGUGGCUCCUGGCAGCAGCUGGGGUUGAGUUUGAAGAAUCUUACCUGGAAAAAAAGGAGGAUCUGACAAAGUUACGGAAGGAUGGAUCCCUGCUCUUUCAGCAAGUGCCAAUGGUAGAGAUCGAUGGGAUGAAGCUGGUGCAGACCAGAGCCAUUGCCAACUACAUAUCAACCAAGUACAACCUCUACGGGAAGGACGUGAAGGAGAGAGCCCUAAUUGAUAUGUACGUGGAAGGAAUGUUUGAUCUGAAUGAGUUACUCAUGUCAUAUGGCUACCUACCACCAGAACAAAGGCAGGAACAUUUUGCAAAUAUGAUGGACAAGACUGAAAACAGAUACUUCCCAGCCUUUGAGAAGGUUUUGAAAGACCAUGGAAAAGACUUUCUGGUUGGCAACCAGCUGAGCAGGGCAGAUGUUCAAUUACUUGAAGUCAUUUUGAUGGCAGAGGAGUACAAACCUGAUAUACUUGCCAAAUUUCCUCUCUUGCAGAGUUUCAAAGCAAGAAUAAGCAAUAUCCCCAAAAUAAAGAAAUUUCUGCAGCCUGGCAGCCAGAGGAAACCGCUAAUAACUGACGAAGAGUUACCAAAUGUAAUGAAAAUUUUCGACUGAGUCUAAAGCUGCAGAAACUAUUCCAUUGUGCUUGCUGACAUUGGGGAAAUAAUGAAAACACUGAAAACCAAGUUUUGAUCCUACCAGGAAAGGCAAUAGUUCACUAAAUAGGGGGUAUAUUGGACAACACAGAAUGCUUUAAAUAACUAAAGAGAAUACCUGAAAUAAAUUCUUACUAUUGAUACUCAAAA